UUGUACUAGCACCUUCAAGUUAUUGGGUAAGUUUCGACGCGAUAGCACUAUCAAAUGCAAAAGUGUCUGGGUCUGGAAGAAUGCAAGUCUGUCAUGCUUGUCUGGCAUGACUUGAGAGUCUGUGUUGCAUAGGCAGGAAAAAGCCCUCUUACCUGUCAUGCAAAAACGCAGUUUGCCAUAUGGCGCCGUAUACUAUCUCAACGCUCAACUAUCUCAAAAUUUUUCAACCCAAUAUUAAAUAGGUAGUUCAAGUAGCUAGUUUAUUCAGCUAACACAUGAUGCUUAUGUAGCUAGAUUUUUGGCGUGACAGAUUAAGUUAGAUCAAUGAAAGUCGUCCGGUCCUGCUCCGCCGAUUUUUUCUAGUCCUGUUGCUUCCCUCAUGACCCCUUCCGGACACCCCUUCCGCGAACCCCUGAAAGGUGCUCAAAAAGCUGCAUUUUUUCAGUGCGCCCUAGCAUCGGCGGAAGCUUAUUAUUGCCCCCCUCAGCUACCCCCCUCGCCGACCCCCCUUCCGGGGGGGCCCCUCACAGACGGGGUCGAAAGGGGUUCCGGAAAUUGACAGGGCGGCGGAGCGGGACCAGACGAUUUCUUCUAAUAUAGCUCAUUUGUCAUGCAAAACAGUUAUCUACUUGCAUAUAAUUCACUAUCUACAUAAACUACCUACUUUAGAUAGCUAUAUAGAGUUGAGGUAAAAAAAUUUGAGAUAGUUCGACGUUGAGAUAGUAUACGGCGCCAUAUGCCAUGCGGAAUACGUAAGACACGGCAGCCAAAAAAAUUGUCAUGCAUAGUUGCGUAUUGCAGUGCGUCUAUCAUUCACUUGUAGCAUUACAAGUUUCCAGACCCAGACAUUUUUGCAAUCCAUUGGCACUAGGAGCGAACGACUAGCGAUCGAGCAGCGAGUUAUCCUGUGCAAAAGUAUCGUACUCGUACAAAUGCUAACGCAAGUCUUGCAUUACAAAUCUUGUUUCCAAGGCAAAUCUGCAUUACAAAUUUUAUUUCUCAUGCUGAGGAAAUUUGUAAUGCAUUUAUACGAGUGCGAUACUUUUGCAGUUCAUACGAGUAACGACGAAGCGAAACUAUCCUUUACCCGGCGAUCCCUUUUGUCCCAUACAGUUGUUGCGACAAAAAGCGAUUUAUAGUACACAAAUCAAUGCAGUUUACUAUGUCCUCUUGCGACAAAGCGAUAGUAUACAGAAGAACUGCGUUCUACUUUAUUUUCGAGUUCUUGUAGCUGAUGUUGUGUGCAUCUCCUUGAACUUGAAGUACUUGCCGGGGGCGGCGGCAAGAAACGAUAAAACUCGACUACGAUAAAACCUCUACCACAUUUACCUAUUUUGGUAGUACAAAUUAUUUCUUUGAGGAUAGCAGGUCGUAUUUCAACACUACGUACUUUUGCUAGCGUACUAAAAAUGAUCAGUUGGGCACAUGGCACAUCAGCGAAUCCCCGUUGGUAUGCUGCUGUCUCGGCUACGAAAAUUUUUUCGCUACAAAGAAAUGUAGUUUGAACGCCGCGUCGACCUCCUGUGGAAAAAGCCGGCUACAGCCUACGGAGGUUUUCUGUAGUAAGUUGCAAGAAUUCUUGCUCCGGUUUAGAAAGUAGAUACUUACCCGCCUAAGAAGUGCGAUGAGAUCAUUAUCUGUCUGUGACAACGAACUAUGCAACGAAUGUCAUGGCUCGUAGGCCCGAUAAGAUUCGCUGUAUAUAUGAAAUAUAUGGGUUUUUUGUCCGCCGCAAACGAGGAACCUCACCUCCACAGAGAAGAUGAUCUGAUAGAUAGCGCUCCUACCUUACAACGAUGAAAAAUGCUUUCGCUUUCAAAAAUCAAAUUUUUCUUUGCCCCCCUUAAGCGUCGGCCCAGAUAGGACCCCGCUGGUGGCCUCGUUGAAGUGGAAGGCAUUGGGCAGGUGAGCAGCGAAGCUUUUUUUUGUUGCCUGAAUCACUUCAGUGUGUUGAUGUCGUCAGUUUCUUCUUCUCGUUAUGUACUUAGCCUGUCGCGGUGAUAGGUGGCGCAAAUAUGCGACCGCGAUUGCGCCUGCUUUUCCGCAUAGUCCUUUGCUGCCGGGGUGGGCGCCCCGGCGCUGCGCAUCGCCGUGAGCGGCAUGCUGAGCACCGCCCUGGGGGGCGCGGCAAGUAGUCGGCCAAAUCCGGAGGCGAGGUCGGUGCUCCCACUGGAACGUCAGGGAAGUUGCCCCGCAAACUCCUAUCCGCAACAGGUCUUCUCUACAGUCCAAGACCUCCUGCGCGGUGCGCAAAUUGCCGCGCAGGGCUUCCAUGAAAUUUGUCACGAAAGGGCGCUGGGUUGUCAUGCUAUUGGGCGACAAGUUUGCGACGCCAUAGAUGCCUCCUGCGGGUUCGUGUUUUUUCUUGGAUAUCCGCCAGCCCAUGCAGACACACUAGCAGGAGCCCACCGGUUUUUGGAGGCCAUUCGGUCACCAUUUACGCACCGAGGCGCCGCUUUCUGACGAUGUUCGCUGUCUUUGUUGUGAGGAGGAAUUUUCCCUGUGUUGCGAUGACCUGAGUCGACAUUGUCGGACUUUGACUAUCACCAGGAGGACCAAAAGCGUUGCCAUUUGUGUUGCCCUUCGGAAGGGCUUUGGCAAGACUUAACGCGCUAUAAAAAAAUCAAGUGAAAGCGUUUUUUAGUUCCUGUAAAAAACGCUUUCGCGAUUUUUGGCCUCCAAAAAAACGCUUUCAAGGGGGGGGGGUAUAAUGAAGGGCAAAGAGAACACCUGGAGCCAGAAUCAUCUGGGCUCCCGGGGUUCCGAAAUGGUCAUCGCUACGGACCCAACGUGUCCGCGCCUGGGCCCAAUGAAAACAAGCCCGCUACGUGCCCAACCACCUUGGCCCAACACUUUAGCCGUUUGGGGGGCCGUCGCGCGGUCGCGUCUAUCUUCGUACCUGGUGGGCUCGCGCGCCAGCAUCGCCACGGCCACGCGUUUGGCCGCGCAAUGUUUUCCAAGGCUCUUACAGGGACCCCGGCCCCUUCUCCCUUUUUUUGGAACGAAACUUGCAAGCGCCCAACGUGGGGCGGACACAGUGCGGCAGCUCGAGGCAACUCGAAGACCGCCCGUUGUUUCCAUCAGUAUUGGCAACCAUUAACCUUUGCUGUAGUUCCAAGGCGGAACUAUCUCCCAUAGCGGCUCGCCCCCAUUGACUUCCCUCGCAGGGUGUGGCGGAUAGGAUGGCGCCCAGGGUGGGCGCCGAAGCUGGGAGGCUUGUGUCGCUGGUUAGCGUCUACCUGCUUCAGACAUCCUUCACGGAACAUCUCAAGCACUACGCAACUUGCGCCAGCCAUCACCGCGACAAGCUAGCUGUGUGCUUUCGUCUUCCCAUUCGUCAUCAAGAAACUUCAUUUGCAAAAAAAGCAACUCCAAGGCUGGAGGAACCGGAGCCGCUUGUGGGGUCGCUGACCGGGAUGACGCAGAUGCGGUCAGUUGGGCAGGAUGCUAGAGACGGGCUGCAAAAAAAUUUAAAUUUUGAAAGCGAAAGCGUUUUUCAUCGCUGUAUACCUAUUUGUUUUGAAUGUGACCGAAGAUGACUAUUUAUGUUUUGACUUUAAAUUGUUCUUGUUGUCUGAUUGA